AUGGCUGAUACGCAGUCUUCUGAGUAUCUUGUGAAAUUAUUAAAAACAAAAACCGAUCUACUUCGACUUAUAAACGAAGAUACAAAUGGGAUAAUAACAAACGCUAAAAUCAGCGAGUUACAACGACAACGUAAAACAUUAGACGACAAAUUGCAAGAAUUGCAUGAUUUCAAGUUACGUAUUCAAGAGGCAAAACUGGGAGAAGGUGUUAAACCAGAGGUUCGCGCAUAG